AUGCUCUGGGGCUACCCGUCCCCUCGGCUCCUUCGCGGAGCCGCGCGGCGAGGCGCCGCCGAGCCGAAGGGCCCGCGCGGGGAGCGGGGAGCCGCCCCCGAGGCGGCCGCCGGCGACGCGCGGGCCUCGGCCCGGGAGGGCGGCUCGGACUCGGAAGCGGAGCGGGAGCUUCGCCCCUCGCGCAGGCCCGCGUGCGCCAACAAGCUCAUAGACUACAUCAUCGGCGGCGCCUCCGGCGGGGAGGAGAGCGCCGACGACGAGGAAGGCUGGGGUGAGGAUGAGGAGGAUGACGAUGGGUUCGACAGCGAAGGGCCCUUGUCCGAUUCGGAUGCUGGGAGCCAGCACGGGGAGCGAUUGCACCUCUGGAAGUCCUUCUUCAGCCCGGAUCCUUACAACCCGCAGAACUUCACGGCCACCAUGCAGACAGCGUCCAGGGAGCCCGGAGAGGACGUGCCCUGUGGCUCUGAUGGUGAAGAGGAGGAGGAGGAGGAGGAGGAGGAGGAGGAGGAAGAGCAGGAUUCAUGGGCAGAGGGGUCUUCAGGCUCUCCUGACCCGAGCUGUGAAGAGGACGACGAGUGGGAGUGCAGUAGUGCGGAUGAGGCGGAAAAUUUGAAACUUUGGAAUUCGUUCUGUACCUCAGAUGAUCCGUAUAAUCCUUUUAAUUUCAAAGCCCCCUUCCAGACGGCAGCAAAAACAGGGAAACCCGAUUUAAAGGGAACGGAGAGGCCAAGUUUGGUGCCUUCCGAGUGUGGUCUCUUGACUGUCUGUGCGGUACAGCUGGAAAUGCAGCCCUGCGGCAUCGCAGGGCCCGGGCAGCAGGACCUUCCUUCUCCUGCGAAAUGUGGAUCUUCCAAGAGAAAAAAGGUAACCUUCCUCGAGAAAGUUACGGAGUAUUAUAUAAGCAGUGAGGAGGAUCGUAAAGGACCCUGGGAAGAACUCGCUCGAGACGGAUGCAGGUUCCAGAAACGUAUCCAAGAAACAGAAGAUGCCAUAGGAUACUGCUUAAUGCCAGAGCAUAGACAAAAAGUAUUUAACAGACUCCAAGAAACCUCCUACAAGAGGCUCGAGCUCGUCUAGCACCUUAAAAGCUGUGGUAGUUGUAUGACCCUAAGCACUCAUGAAAAACGACACGUGGCAGCUGCCUGUGGUUGGAAAUGGGGAGGGGGAAGUGGGAUUUUAACACUUUGUCCCAAUUUAAUAUUCAGUGAAUUUACCAAUGUGUGUCCCAUUUUUGGUAUCUAAACAAAACCCGAGUCUCAUGGAGGGGAAAGCGGGGUAUAAUUGCAUUCCUUUUAAGUAGCACUUGAGAACUGGACUGCUUUAGAUUAAGUUCAUUCCAAAAAAUGCCUUGUCUGCCGUAUUUGGAGAAGUGGUGGCUAUUAAGUUGGAAUUUUGCACUUUGAAAAAGCAAACCUAUUUUGAAGGAAAUAUUUAUGGGCCUCAAAACCCAGUUACUGCAGUUUUGAUUUAAAGUUUGAAAAUGUGUGCUGUGUUCUUGUGUUUCUCUGUUUUCUUCAACUUGUAAAAAAGACACCUUGAACCUUGUUUCUCUUAAUGUUCAAUUUAUUGUGCAAAGAUACUUUUUUUUCACUUCUUUUGAGAUCCUAAUUUUGCAUGUACCUGGUGUUCAAGUGUUUAUGUAGCAUAAACUGAUGUCUUAAUAUUUCAGUCGCGAACACUGGGGGGUUCAGGUGAACUCUGGUGCAUUACGAGCCCUUUGGUUUAUUUUUAUUUAAGUAAUAUCCUUGCCUGGUUCCGCUCCAGAGGCUGUUGGCUGCUUGUGCACCAAGGCUGUUGCUUUCAGGACACUGCAAGGCCUCAUCCUCAUAAGUAAUGGGAAUUUCAAGGCGUGUGUGAAACUAUGGGUGAUAAUCUGAGCUUAGCUGUAGCCCCACAUAGGGAACCAACUCUUAGUUCUUUACUUGCUCUUAAAGUAGCUUCAUAGUGAUUGAUUCUGGUUUUUGCAAAUGGAUUCAAAAGGAGGAUUUUUCAUAUUUUUGGUAUCCAGUGUGCUUGCUGUGGCACUUCUAAGGGGAGUUAUCUUUGACUUAGGGAAAUCUAAAAGAACAAAUUCCUGUGUUCUUUACCAAAAGCCAGUAUUAAUACUUCAUGUGUCUGCACACAUUCAACUGCUACCAAAAUAACGUUUCACAUUUUGGGUCUGGAUGUUGAGAGGUCCUUGGCAGAAGAAAAACACUCCUUAUUUGUGUUCCAAACUUAAAAUAUUUAGUGGUGUUUCAGGCAAAAAUGUGGCUCAUGGGUAAAAAUAGUUGUUGUUACCUGUGGUAAAAUAGGUCAGACUUCUGUCUGCCAGCUCUGCUGGUUUCUGUGAUCUUGGAGAACUCCAAGGCACUGAAGCUGCUGCUUUGGUUGCUCCAGGUAGCUCAGUUUACUAGUGUGUGUAAGAAGCCUUAGAAUGACAUAAAUAAACAUGCAGAUGCUGAUGGUGCUGUUGGCAGUGGCUAGGAAGAGGCUACAGCUGCAACUGAACACAGACAUAAACCAGAUUAAAAGCUGCUGCUUCCCAAAGUGCUGCUGAUAUCAAAGAAAUCCCAUUUUCAGCCUGUAGUGAACUGAGGACCCUGCUCUUCCACCUGUGAAUAAACCCUCCUGAUAUUGAUAGAAACCUGUCUGCCUGGGUAAGCGUUUUCUCCCUGUCCCAGUGUUUUCCAAGUGUCAGAUUUCAGGUGCUAGAAAUUAUUCUCACACUAACUUCAUGAUAAAGCCACUUAAAAAUAAGGUUUUGUCACCGUUUUUCCCUAAACUGUAUUUGAAAAUGGUCGUGCAGGAUGUGCACGUGUGUAAGUGGCUUUGAGUGAGGCAGCAAAAUUAACACUUCUUAAACUUUAAAUCAAAACUGUAACUAUCAGAUUUUAUUUUUGUAUGAUUUAGA